AUGCCUCCCACAAAGAGCUCUGAUCAUUGGACUUUAUCAGAGGUUCUUGGGCAGCGGAGGCUGUUGGGCCUCGGAGCUCUGCUGGCAUGGCUUGUCCUCUUCCAUCUCCUUGUUAACGUUUGGCUCCUCUGCAUCUUCACCAGUCUCUUGGUGGUUCUCGGGGGUUGGCUCGGCUCCCGUGCCAUACUGGACGCAAACAGCCUUCUCCAUUUGGAGCACUUUCUGCCUCUUGGCAAAGUUAAUCCGCCUCUGUAUUCUCCUGAAAAUGAGUGGAGGUUGAACCACGAGAUCCACAGUGCCGUCCACAAAGCAGUGCGUGACUUUGUGUCCUCCUGGUAUCGAACUCUGCUGCCAGAGGUGGAGGGGGAGUUUGAACGUGCGGUGCGUAAUUCGAUGCUGGAGUCAGUGAUGGAACUGAAGGAGCGUGCGCGGCGAGUGGACAGAAAAGCGCUGGUUCAAAAUCUGCUUGAGCUGUAUGGCUCUCACCUGCAGAGCUACAUGACGGCGAGACACAUACAGUCGACGCAAAAGGAGCGCAUUACCCUCUGGCGGCUCUACAGUGAAGUAGAUACCCCUCACCCAGCUGUGAGCAGUGCAGCUGCUGAACUCAGAUACUCCAGAGCUCUCGUUAACCUCGUCUUACAUGUGCUUGUUCCAUACCCUCAGAUGGAAACCAGGACUGGAGGUUACAUGGUUACCGAACUCAUCACGUGCAACGUGCUGUUGCCGCUCAUAAGCAGGGUGUCCGAUCCUGACUGGCUCAACCAGACCAUUGUCGACAUAGUCACCAGGUCCAGAGAACAACAGGACAUCAAUGUGGAUGAGCUCCCAGCUGCAGCUGCACUAUACAGAUGUCAGAUCCAGAACGAGUCCUGGAUCACCUGCAGGUCACUGUCGUCUUCUGAUCAAGCCGGCUUCACCAGCCGAAGCACCUCUGAACUUGAUGAUCCGCAGAGCCAGAGUACCAUCUCUGAGAGGGAUUCCUCGCAGAGCAGCAUGGUUAGCCUGACGUCUGCUGGGAAAGUAGAAGGUUGCCACGCAGGUUUGCUCCCACAAUGCAAACUGACCUGCUGUUCACUCACAUCUGGCCACUUCUCCCACUCACCAAAGUCCAAGAUGAUUUCAUUGGACUCCUUAAUUCAAUCAGACUCCGAAGAUGACCUGACAGGAGGCUUUUGUGAAUGUGGCCCUCCAACAAACUUCUGCAACGUGAUGACUUUAAAGGAUGAUGAGGCAAUCGGCUGUUUCGGCCCCCUGAAGAAUCUUGGGCCGAAGGUGGUGGUGCCUGAAGACUCCCAGUGGCCAGCGGGAAUAGCCCAAGAGAAAUCCCCAACGUCUCUAACCUCCUGCAACUUUGAUACCGCCAACAUCCAUGCUGCACCUAUGAACAUCCAAAACGUGCAAAUUUCUGGUACUGUUUCUGCAAUGGAGCAGCGCGGCACACAUCCCUAUACUCUGUACACUGUGAAGUUUGAGAAAAUGGCUGAAGCAGAAAACUGUGGCAGUCUGCAGCCAGCGUCCUGUCACACUGUCAACCGGAGAUACAGCGAGUUCCUCAACUUGCAAACACGUUUAGAGGAGAAGCCCGAAGUCAAGAAAGUAAUAAAGAGUGUCAAAGGCCCAAAGAAAAUGUUCCCUGACCUCCCAUUUGGCAAUGCAGACAGCGACAAGGUUGAAGCCCGUAAAAGCCAACUGGAUACGUUUCUUAAACAAUUAAGCAGUAUUCCUGAGACAUCCAACAGUGAGGACAUGCAGGAGUUCCUGGCUAUCAACUCAGAUGCUUGCACAUAUUUUGAAAGAAGGCCUUUUGUCAAGUCAAGGAUUGAUAAGAUGAUGGAAAAUGCUUUAGACACCUUGAAGACAGCUUUCCCUCAUCCUGAACCCCUCAGUCCAACAGAGGACCUUGAGGGAGAUGCUGAUGGAAGAACAAUGGACAGUAGAAAGUAUAUGAGGCUUAUGUUCCCAAGCAGAAAUACCCCAUCUCUCAAUCUACCUGACCUGCACCCUAAAGUGACAUACUGCUUUAGUGAAGGCAGCGCUGUCCUCAAUGGCAUGUCACUGUCUGGCCUGGAGAGCUUCGUCCAAGAGCAGGAAAUACUUUUAUGUGGGCCAAAUGGGAAAGACACAGCCAGGCAGAGCUUUGAGCAGCCAAGCAAAGACAGGAAGACUUCAGGGAAAACUCACGUGACAGACACAGCUGUGGCAGAUGUUGCUUUGAACAUUUUGUGUCUGCUGAUGAAGGACCAGUGGAGUUGGCUGUGCACUGAAAACAUACAGAAGACCAUCAGACUGCUCUUUGGCACCUUCAUUGAGAGAUGGUUGGAUGUAGGAGUUGCCCACCUUACCAGUGCCCCCUGCUGGGUGAUUUACCUACAAGUGCUGCAGGAAGCUGUAUGGCCAGGUGGUACACUGCCUGCUCAACCACGGCCAGAGCGUAGCGCUCCAGAAAGAGAGGAAACCAAGGAGCAAUGUCUGGACUGUCUAAUGCAGCUGCUCCCAGAGCUCAUCACUGAUCUGCUGGGAAGUGAGAAGUACAGACUGAGCUUGGAAACCAUGCUGGAGUCUUUACAGGAUCAUCAGAUAAACAAGCAUCUGAUCUACUGCGUCUGUGACCUGCUGCUGGAGUUUCUGAUCCCGGAGUCGUGCGACGAAGCCUUCCAAGGGUCUCUGCUGCUGAGCCUGGCCAAAGACACCGAGAGGGACAAUCCUCACAUAUGAUCGGCACAUGAUAACACAUUGAUGGAUAACGUGCAGUACAUGUGUAUGAGGGUUGUGACAUAUUCAUAAUGGCCUGGAGUCCCUGGAGUGGUGACAACAGUCAUUACCUGAAUGACUGUUGUCACUGUCUAGGAGAUAUAAAUUAAUAAGUUAUAAAUUGCCCUUUUUAUUGACAUGCUGGAACAUAAAGAAGAGAAUUGUGUGUUUUUGUGAAACACCCAAAGGGGACACAUCAGAAGAAAACAGUUGGUUAUGCUGACGUGCCAGUGUAUCAACCAAUCAAUCGUCAACUACUGUUUGUAUGUGCAAUUGGCUCAUGGGAUCUAGUGCUAACAAUGUACAUUUUUAUUAAGAAAAAGCCAAUAAGGCCAUCAAUAACUACAGGCAAAACAGCCAUGUGGCCUGUAACUAUUGCUUUUGAUUUUGUUUUCAUAUGUUGCAUAGGCUUUGGAUAGAGCCUGAUGAAAUCAAACCUAACAUCAGUGUAUCAUUUUCAGAUUUGUAUGUGAAAUAUGACUUUAAUGAUAUUUAUUAAUCACAUUGAGGUGAGCUGUUUUGAUGUAUAAAAUAUUUUUUGUUUUA